AUGCUUGCUUGCGGUUUGCAGUUUGGGAUCCGCAAGUUCAGCGUCAAGGAGCUGGCAACGAGAGUCAACCGCUUGCGCGAGGUGGAGGCUACGAAGGACCUCUUGGCUGACAAGGUCUCGAUGCUGCAGAAGUCUGGGGAGACUUAUCUCACCAUCAAGUUCGGACGACUCCGCUUCGUGGACACCAUCAACUUCUGCAACUCGGGCUUGGGGAAGCUCAUCGAGUCGCAGCGAAAGUGCGCUCUCAGGGCUGCGAACGGCGACGCGGGCUGUCUGGAUCAGGCCUUCCCCAUCACAGCUCGCAGACACCCCUACCUCAGCGGCCUUCGAGAUGACAGGGAAGCUACCAAUGCCUUGGGAGCAUUUCCAAAGCCCCGCCGACUUCGAGAAACCGCCGUCUGGGACUUCGAGUGCUACCACAGCAAGCUCGCGGGGCCCUGCUCUCGGGAAGACUACGACGAGCUGGUGCUGACGGUCCACCGGAUGGGAUUUGAAAGCUUGAAGGAGGUGCAUGACUGUUACCUGGGGCUCGAUGUCACAGCCUACGCCGACCUCAUGCAAGUCUUCAGGCUUAAUUUCAUGCAGAGGUACCACCUCGACGUCUUCCAGUACCCCUCCCUGCCAGCUGCAGCGUGGGAUGCCGUCCUCAGGGGUGGCUGCGUCUUCGACCUGAUCACCGACAGCCGGUUGUACCUUGACGUGCGGCGUGCCAUGAUGGGUGGCGUCUGCGCCGUCUUCAAGCCGCGGAGCGAUGCCAACUUCGAGGGACUUGAAGGCUUCAACGACGCGUUGCCCACGAAGAGGCUCAUGUACCUGGACAUCAACUCCAUGUACCCGGAUGCCAUGACGAAACCGUUGCCGGUCUCCUCAGGCUACCUCGAAACACUCCCGAGCUCGGACGCUGAUCGGCUGGAUUGGCUCCACAAACUCUUGAGCCAAGAGAACCCCCUCGACGACGACCCCGCCGAAGGUUUGGGCUACUUGCUCUUCGUAGACUACGACUUCCCGGAGGAGCUCCAUGACCAAUUGGAUUGGCCGUCUCCCGCGAGGCUUCGCAUCCGACCGGGGGACGUCGGACCCUACACUCAGGAAGCGGCGAGGAACCGUCCGCCGACGGAAAAACUGGUUCCCUUCUUGGGGAUGCACAAGGAGGAGGGCAUCCACAGCAAGCGCCUCGCCUUCCUUAGGAACCAUCUGGGCGCUCGCAUUUGGAAGCUGCAUCGAGUCUGGUCCUUCGAGUGCCGCCGCGAACUGCGAGAGUUCAUGGUGGAAGCCUACAAUCGCAGGCGAGAGCUCAAGGACGCCGGCCGCGACCUCGAGCAGGGCUUCGAAAAGAUCGCCAUCAACUCCAUCUACGGGAAAACGGUCCAAAAUCAAGAGAAGUACCGGAACACGACCCACUACUUCGACCCGGUAGCUUUCAGCAGAGCUCAGGCGGGUGACCGGGUUGCCGAUUUCACCGUGGACAUCAUGGAGAGGGACGCCUUCCUCGGCUCGGUGCACAGAGUCAGGCCACCCAGCAGGAACAUCAAUCGCAGCCCGCUUCAAGUCGGCUGGGCCGUUCUUGAACUGUCCAAGCUCAAGAUCGCCGUGCAGUAUUGGAUGGGCGUGAAGGCCGCGCUGCCCAAGGUCGUCCCAAUCCUGACGGACACGGACAGCAUGCUCCUGGAGAUCAUCGGCGACUGCGACCCCGUCAAGCUGCUCGCUGAGGGCAACCUCACCCUGCCGGCGGAGUUCGACCUGAUCGGGGACUUGGACGUUCAGAAGUUCGAGGAGAGCUUCGCGAACGUCAUCUCCUUCGAGGGGAUGCAGAAACUCAAGGAGCUGCAGGGCAAGAUGGGCGCGCUGUCGGACGAGUGCGCCAAGUGGGUGGUGCAAUCCGUGGUUUGCUUGGCUGUCAAGAAAUACAGCAUCCUUCUUUCAGAGGGCAAAGAGAUCCACAAGGCCAAGGGCGUGCCCAAGUGCGUGCGAGACACCGCCAAGCACCGGGACUACCUGGACAUUCACGAGGGGAACGCUGUAAGGCACGACUCCUUCACGCAGAUGCAAUCCUCCGGUCACCAGGUCUUUAUCGCGACGCGACGCAAGCUCACCUUCAACGUCUUGAACGACAAAGCAUUCCAGCUCACCAAGGAGUACUGCAGACCCAUGGGGCAUUGGCGAAAUGCCUACUUGGGCAUUUGGCUACGAUUGGGCGGGGACGGCGUGCUCCUGCUGAAGAUCCUAGAGUACGUACGGGGCGUGGCGCCCACGCGCUUCCGGGGCACGCUUGCAGUUCGAGAAGCUCUCUUUUAG